AUGGUGAAUCAUUUUAGCCACGAAUUCAAGAGGAAACACAACAAGGAUAUCAGCAGGAACCCUAAGUCAUUAAGGAGUUUAAGGACCGCUUGUGAAAGGGCAAAGAGAAUCCUAUCCUCUUCGUCCGAGACAAUGAUCAAGGUGGAUUGCUUGUUUGAAGGCAUUGACUUCUCAUCAUCUCUCACCCGACCCAAAUUCGAGGACUUGAACAAGGAUUUAUUCAUCAAGUGCAUCGAGACGGUCGAAAGGUGUUUGGUAGAUUCUCAAAUCAAUAAGAACGCUAUAGAUGAUGUUGUCAUGGUAGUCGGAUCAAGCAGGAUUCCAAAGGUUCAACGAACAUUACGAGAAUUGUUGAAUGGAAAGGAACUCUGCAGAGACAUCAAUCCAGAUGAAGCUGUUGCUUACGGCGCGGCAAUUCAAGCUGCAAUCUUGAAUGGGCAAGGGAAAAAGAAUAACAAGAUUAAAGAUCUUGUACUAACGGAGGUAACUCCGUUAUCUCUAGGUUUCGAAACCGUGGGAGAAGUAAUGAAUGUUGCGAUAUCCAGGAAUUCCGCAAUUCCGACCAAAGCAACAAGAUCAAUCACUACUACCACAGAUAAUGGUUCUUCUUUGAGAGUUAGACUGUUUGAAGGUGAGAGAGCAAGAUCAACCGACAACAAUUUGUUAGGCGAAAUUGUGCUCAACGGAAUUCAAAUAGCCCCAAGGGGAGUUCCUCAACUGGAGAUCACCUUUGAUCUACAAGCCAAUGGGAUUUUACAAGUAUCCCAGCGGGAUAAAGUCACCGGGAGCAAGGUAAACACCAUAAUCAAGAGCGGAAGGUUGUCGAAAAACGAGAUUGAUGGGAUGAUCAUUGAAGCUAACAAGUUUAAGGCCGAGGACGAGGACCACCGGAAGAAACAUAUUGCAUAUAUGGCCUUUUUGGAGGUCCUCUAUCAAAUGAGAGAUGAUGAUCUAAUCUAA